AUGGUCCGCGUGAUGAUCACCCAAUGGACAUAUGUGCUGCGGCAUGCCACACGGGAAAUGUGCGGUAUAAUUGGCAUACUGGACCUUCCCGCGGACCAUCUUCAUCCAAUCCUUAUUCGCCUGGAUUUCCCUGCUGGCUCCCCCGGCCCCGGUAAACCCACAACGCCACAUCUCAUGCGCAUCAUCAUAUCCCCUCUGCGUGCAUGUCCAACACCGAUGCACCCACUUCUCGACCUCACUGACCAAAAACGCUUCGUCGUCGAAUCGGGGUCCGGCCGGACCGUGAUGCCGCUGCGCGAUGUGGGCGCGCUCAAUGUCCUGCUGUCGGAAUUGGUGUCGGAUGUCCGUCGGGAUGGUUCGGGGUGUGGUGGUGGGGAUGGAUGUGGGCUCGACCCUGGGGGUCGUGGGUGA